AGUUGACAAACGCGAGUUAAACACCCACACACGCAAAAUAUAAACAAAAAGACGCCCCUUUUUUUUUUGAGUACCCUGAAAAGUAAACUAUACAAAGGAAAGCAGCCGCUUCGUUAACUCGGAAUUGUUGUAACACGCUGCGCGGAACGCGGCGCACGUCUUCAAGCGGUAAUUUUAUCGAUGUUCCCGCAGCCCGAAGAAACCACCUCCGAUCUUGGCGCAUAAACUGCAUAAAAGAAAAGGAAAGAGUCUGUAUAAAAUCCGUAUCGGCUUCGCCCUUUGAUCGUACCAUAUUAUAUACUAUUGGUCCUGCCCGGUGUUACGGCAACUAUUGUUUUUAUUGUUAUUGAACUUUGGCGAUUGGCGUUCUUUCAACUAGCUCCUUUUUCCUAUAACUUCUCUUCUUUUCGUCUCGUACCUUGUUGGACGUAUUGGUUGACUUUCCUUCAUUUUCCCUUCUUUGUGGGGGCUGUUGUUGUGCAUGCGUAGGUCAGAAAAUAAUGGGAAGGUAGACGUAGCUAUGCGUGUUUGCCGGGCGUGGAGUGCACCAGCGGCACCGCUGAGUCACAUUCGCACGGGGCGUGCAGCUCCGACGUGUGCGCUGGCACCAGACAAGAGCAGCGGCAGCAGCGGCAACGACGCAAGCAACGUGACGGCGGAAAAGCCAACGCUGCCGCACGCGGUGUAUCGUCUCUUUCCAACGCAGACCUCCUUCUCUGUGGCGGACAUCGCGUACCAUGCGGAGGAGCCACACGUGAAUGGGACGAGGACGACCCAGUCAGCGCCGUUUGGGGCGGCCUCUAUGCCGUCGCACGGCGCAUUAACAUCGGAGCUGCAGGCAGCGAAGAAUCAAAUCUCACUACUCACGGCGGCAAGCGCGCAGUCCUUUAGCAGCUACGUUGCUCUCGAGUCUGAAAAUGCGGAACUGAAACAGUCGAACGAGCAGCUGCGGGAAGAGAAUGAAGCACUGAAGGAGCGACUUGCUCAACGUGACGACGAAAUCAAUGAACAGCUGCACUUAAUCUGCGACUUGGAGAAAAAGUUGAGGGAGUUCAGCUCGUUGACCUUGACACAAAAAUCUUUGUAUAACGGCCAGGGCCACGAGUGA